AUGUAUGGAAUGUUUACACCUUGUCACUAUGAUCAUCCUGAAUUAGAUGAUCCAGGGGUCAGUGAUUCUGUGAGACUUAGGCAGAGCUUAGAAAUCCACAUCUUUAACAAACAUCCAGGGUGUAGCAGUCCAGCAGAGGGACAGGAUUCUAUGAAGGAGGCCAUUGUGUAUGAUUGUAAUAACAAAAGCAACAAAAAGCCAGUCAAAGAGCAGUUCCAACAUGGUCAGAAGUGCUUCUUCCCUGCGAUAGCGCCCGGGCCUGGAAUCCCCCGCCGCCUCCCGCCGCCGCUGGACCAUGGACCCCGCAAAGUGAGUGAGCUUCGAGCCUCUGUGAAAGUGUGUAAGCAGGACCCGAGCUUUCUGCACACCGAGGAAAUGCGCUUCCUGAGGGAGUGGGUGGAGAGCAUGGGGUGUAAAAUACCACCUGCUGCUCACAAAACUAAAUCGGAAGAAAAUACCAAGGAAGAAAAAUCAGAUAGUAAGAAGGCGGAGGAAAACAUAAAGACAGACGAACCAUCAAGUGAGGAAAGUGAUCUAGAAAUUGACAAUGAAGGUGUGAUUGAACCAGACACUGAUGCACCUCAAGAAAUGGGAGAUGAAAAUGUGGAGAUAACUGAGGAGAUGAUGGAUCAGGCAAAUGAUAAAAAAGUGGCUGCCACUGAUGCCCUGAAUGAUGGUGAGCUACAGAAAGCCAUUGACUUGUUCACAGAUGCCAUCAAGCUAAAUCCUCGUUUGGUUCUGUAUGCCAAGAGAGCCAGUGUCUUCAUCAAAUUACAGAAGCCAAAUGCUGCCAUCCGAGACUGUGACAGAGCUACUGAAAUAAAUCCUGAUUCGGCUCAGCCAUACAAGUGCCGAGGGAAAGCACACAGACUUCCGGGCCAUUGGGAAGAAGCUGCCCAUGAUCUUGCCCUUGCCUGUAAGAUGGAGUAUGAUGAAGAUGCUAGUGCAAGGCUGAAGGAAGUCCAACCAAGGGCCCAGAAAAUUGCUGAACAUCGGAGAAAGUAUGAGCAAAAACGUGAAGAGCGUGAGAUCAAAGAAAGACUAGAAAGGGUUAAGAAGGCUCGGGAAGAACCUGAGAUAGGCCAGAAGGAGGAAGAAGCCAGAAGGCAAUCAGGAUCUCAGUGCGGCUCUUUUCCAGGCGGCUUUCCUGGGGGAAUGCCUGGAAUGGGAGGGGGCAUGCCUGGAAUGCCGGGAAUGCCUGGGCUCAGUGAAAUUCUUCGUGAUCCAGAGGUCCUUGCAGCCCUGCAGGAUCCAGGAGUUAUGGUGGCCUUCCAGGAUGUGGCCCAGAACCCGGCAAAUAUGUCAAAAUAUCAGAGCAACCCAAAGGUUAUGAAUCUCAUCAGUAAAUUGUCGGCCAAAUUUGGAGGUCAAGCAUAAUGCCCUUCUGACAUAAAGCCCUGCUGGAGGAAAA